UGGGUACAGCAGGUGUGCAGACCUGAGAAUUCAGCUUAAGGACGGUGGGAAUUCCUCAUAAUGGGCACAGCAGGUGUGCAGACCCGGGAACCCAGCACAAAGAUGGUGGGAACCCCUGAUAAUAGGCACAGCCGGUAUGCAGACCAAGGAACUCAGCACAGGGAUGGUAGGAAAACCCUCAUAAUGGGUUUAAAAAGUGUUCAGACCCAGGAACCCAGCACAGGGAUGGUAGGAACCCCUCAUAAUGGGCACAGCAGGUGUUCAGACCCAGGAACUCAGCACAGGGAUGGUGGGAACCCCUCAUAA